AUGGCGUCCAAGUCCUUCUACGCAAUCGUCGCCGGAGCCGGUUCCGGAACUGGCCGCUCGGCAGCAGUCCGCUUCGCCAAGGUGUAUCCCGUCGUGCUCCUGGCCCGCAAGCCAGAGAGCUACAACGACAUCGUCGACGAAAUCAAGCAGUCCGGCGGCAAGGCCAUCGGCAUCACCGCCGACGCUACGGACGAAAACGCCAUCAACGCCGCCUUCGAGACCAUCAAGAAGGAGUUUCCCGGCAGCAAGCUCGCCGCGGCCAUCUACAACGUCAACGCCGGCUUCGCCCGCAAGCCGUUCUUGGAGCUCACGAAGAAGGAUCUGGACACCAGUCUCGAUGCCGCGCCAAAGGGAUUUUUUACUUUCGCGCAGAAGACGCUGCCCCUGCUUCUUGAUUCGGUGGCGGACUCGCCUCACCCGCCUUCCUUGAUCAUUACCGGCGCGACAGCUUCGAUCAAGGGUUCUGCUUACUUUGGCACCUUCGCCGCGGGCAAGUUCGCCAUGCGUGCUUUGGGCCAGUCCCUGGCUCGCGAGUUUGGCCCAAAGGGCGUGCAUGUCUCGCACGCCAUUAUCGACGGUGGCAUCGACACCCCUUGGGGCAAGGAGAUUCAGGUGAACAACGGCGUGGAGGAUGGCAAGAUCUCCCCAGACGCUAUCGCUGAAACUUACUGGUUCCUGCACACGCAACACCGAUCCGCGUUUACACAGGAGGUUGACAUCAGGCCAUUCGUCGAGAAGUUCUGA